UCUCCUUACACACACACAUUUGAGAUGGAGUCGGACUCACAGAUGGAGGAUCUGAUGGAGCGUGGUGAGGAUGAAGGAGCUCGACAGACAGACAGUUACAACAAUGAGUCUCUGCUCGCACCCGACUCCGAUUUCAUCCUCGAUGAUCAGAGCUGUCAUGUGAGCGGUCUGGAGGUGUGUGAUCGUCUGACGUUCCUGGAACAGCGUGUUCAGAUGCAGGAGGAUGAGAUCCAGUUGUUGAAGAUGACGAUGGCUGAUGUGCUGAAGAGACUGAACAUCUCAGAGGAGCAAACAGCAGCGCUCACCAAGAGAACUACAAAUAAAGUGGCUCGUCCGGCUUGUCUGGCACUUCCUGCUAAAGCAGCGAACAGCGGCACUGCAGCUUCAUCAUCACUGAGGAAGAUCUCCAGCUCCACACUGCCCUCUUCAUCAUCAGUGAAGAACUACAGCCCCUCACCGGCCAGCAAGAGAGCUGGCAGUGCUAAAGACAAUCCGAGUGCUUCAGUGAGUGGUAAAACUCGGACGACUACCAACACAACUACCUGCAAAAAACUAGAGAUCAAACCAAAGGAAGCAAGCUCAAGCAUCAUAGGCACAAGACGUGUGACUCACUGCAAAGUGACUAUGCAGAUCUAUCUGAGCCGUCUGUCAAGAAGGACUGGAUCUACUGAUCCAGCGCUCUUCACGACCCUGCAGCCCAGCACGUUUCCCCCAGCGAGCGGACCGCCUGCAGCGGACACAGAGAAGAGUAAAGCAGUAGAAGGGAGAAACGCUGCGUUUACUGUCCUCCUGCAGAAGAGUCCCUGUCAAACACCUGUCUCACCCCUCCAGACCCCAAACUACAAGAGUCCCAUCAAAUCACCCAGUCGGUACUUCCAGAUCUGUUACUGAACACGUCAAGAGUUUCACCACAAAACAUUCGGCUUGUUUAAAGUAAAUGCAUGAUGUAGAAUGGAGUUGAUUAGUAUUCAUUAGUUGCUCAUUGUCUGGAGAGAGAAGAAUGAUUUUUGGGGCCAAUAAAUUUGAAUUCAUAAUAAAAAAAUAAAAUAAAAAAAAUAGUCAAAAUAAUGCGAUGGUCAAUUUUCUAUAUACAUACAUAAAACAAUUGCGAUCGAGUGUAAAUGUAAAAAAAUGUUCAGAGAUGUUCAGACACACGUGUCUGAGUAUAGGACUACAUGAAAACCUUUAAAAAGAACCCCUAUGUUUUCAUUUAGGGAGACUGGGGCUAGUUGUCACAUGGGGAGGUUGUCACAAGGUCUUAGUAACGAUGAGAUUUGGAGUCAAGAGUCCAAUUACACAAAUGUGUGCUUUCUCGAAGAGAGAGGUUUUGUAUAUUGGUUUCAAUCAACUAGUGCUUAAAUCAGAUCAUUUUUGGGAAUUCUUGCCUCUAAAGUAAAAUUUCACUCUCAUAUUUUUAUUAUAGCUCUUGAGUAAAAAGCUGACAUAAUUAUACAACACUAGCAUUCAUUAAGAUAAGAGUCAACUAUAUUAUGAAGACCAAAAGGUUUAAAUGUGUUGUUAGGACAAAGGUAUUUUUCAUGAAAGUCACGUCGGGGCAUGUUGUCACAUUUUUUAUCGAGGCAGAUUUGUCAAAUUUGUUUUGAAUGUCAUUAAUAUAUCCAAUUUAUUUGAUGAAAUGUAUUUAAUUUAAUACAAUAUUUGUUGGCCAAAACAAUGUUUUGAUAUUUUAGUUAUCUUUAUUAUUUGUGUUCUUUCAUGAAUCAGUUUGAGCUUCAUAAUUAUUUUAAUUCAUACAUUUUGCUGGUGUAAUGCAGGCGUACAUUGUGUUUCUGUUCACAUGAUACCUACACCACUGGUUUAAUUCAGGUUCCAUUGUGACAACUUUCCCCAUGUGUGGAUUAUUUUCCUGGGCAGGAAGGGUGAACAUGUGCAUUAGCUUUUUUGUAGCCAAGACUUUAAGGUUUGUCUAUGCAGAUGUUGACUUUCAAAAAUAAACCCACCCUGAGAAAAAUUUACUGGAAUAAAGUGUGUGACAACUAGCCCCAGUCUCCUAUAUUUUAUGUGUACAUGGAAAUCUCAGAAAGCCCAUAAUAUGCACUCCAUUAAUUCAUGAUUGCCAUCUGCUGCCCAAUGAGCUGAAUUUUGCUGUUCAACUGCAACACCCUGUUUGGCCCAAAAACUAUUGAUCUUUCAUGAAAUAAGAUGACGUUGAGAAAUCUGAAGCUGAUUGACAUCUGAACACAGUAAGAGAUCUUCAGUGUCCUGUGCUGCAGUCUGACUGUGUUCUUGGAGGUUUAGAGAUGUUAUGGUUGGCAGCAUAUAAACACUUUCCUGAUGAAUCAGCUUUUGAAUUGUGUUCAUUGGGUACAUUUACUUGUAAACAUUCAUUCACUUACAGUCAACUAUUUGAGGAGAAGCAUUGGAAAAUCCAGCAAACCUUCUCUAAAACAACAUGCAUCCAUCAACCCAUCAGUUCAGUGUUUAUUCUGAUAAGCCAAUAGAAUCUCAUCACAUCUGAUACUCUCAACCAAACCACUUCUUCUAAAGAUGGGCAUCUGUGCAUGAAGGUGGCAUUUAAAUUCAUGCCAAUUUAAGUAGCAGUGACUGUGGUUGCUUGGUUGGCACGCCAGGGCUGGUACUAGGAUGCGAUCUUUGGUGUGGCCAUGUGGUACACUGAAGUUUAAUACUUAAUUUAAGGGGUUUGUUUAACCCUUGGUUACU